GGUCCUCCGGUCCAGCAGUCCUACUGUGUUACAGCAGAACCUCUGAUUCAGCAGUCCUAAUAUGUUAUAGAAGAAGCUCUUGAAGAGCAUAUAAUUUCAGUUAUUUGUUGAAAUGUCAGAGCCUCCUGUCAGCUCUAAGUGAAUGAUGUUCCGUCACCGCCGCCCUCUGACUUUCUCACCUCUGAAGACACAAGAAUGAGAAGAGGUGGGGUAGCAGAUCUUCUCAGCAUGGCAUGCUCGCUGACGUUCUGUCUUUUGUUUCUGUCUUUGUAAACGCUGAAUGUGGUGUGAUAUGAAUGCUGGUCUCAGUCCCCUGCUGAAGCAGCUCCCUGUCACAGAACAAAGCUGGAGCUGUACUCCGGAGAAAUAGUCUUUGUAACCGGCUCGAUUGUUCCCCUCCGGCCAGUGGCUCCUCCAUAAGAGGCUCUGGGUUGAGGUUGGGUUUAUAAUACACACAGCAGGAGCUGUAAUGUUCUGCCAGUCUCUCUGAGUGUGUGCUGACAGCUGCUUUAACACACACUCCACACUUCCUUGUGUGAUCAUUAAUUUUUAAUCUACGGUAACACCACUGACUGCUUUGUUUCCCAGCUGCUCCAAUGUUUGUCUGCAAUCAAAGGUUGAUUCUAGGCGGGUCCUUUAUAACAGGAACUUCGUGUUCAACCAGUCGGAGCAGCCAAGGAUGGGUAGUCUUUCUCUUCCCGGCAUUGAGGAAGCUCCACGCAUAGAGGGCUACAACGACAGCGCUACCACAGAGAUACAUCAUGCCGGCUGUUAAAAUGGGAGGACGAUACUUGAAGACAAGCCAGGCAAUGAAAGGGAUUCUUCAGUAUGCCGGUGGCCUGCUCGUCUUCCUCCUUGUUGCCCUCGUCAUCCUCAAGAACACUUCCUACAGCAUCACGCUAGACGGUGAUUAUCUGAAGCCUAAGGAGGUUCCGGCUGCACCAUCUCAAAGUAAAGUGAGGUCCUGCGGUCUGAAGGUCUGUCCAGCUGGAACCUUCAGCUUCUCCAUCUCCAGCGGAGCGGCCAACGUCGUCGCGCCUAAGAUCUGCAUCCAGAACAGAAUGGUUCUCGGCUCCGUCCAGAACAACGCUGGAGUGGGGCUCAACCUGGUGGUUCUAAACGGGAGGACUUUGCAGGUGGUCAAGCUUGGACACUAUGACAUGUAUAGUGGAGACGUUCAACCUCUCAUCGAGGUCCUCCAGGGGCUCGAGAAGGGGAACAUCGUCCUGAUGGCCAGCUUCGACGAACCAGCCACCAAGUUAACAGCCGAGGCCAGGAGUUUGAUAGAGGGACUAGGCAGCACUUCGAUCAAGGCGCUGGGGUUCCGGGACAACUGGGUGUUUGUUGGAGGAAAAGGAGAUGUAGCCAAAGGUACAUUUGAAAAGCACAUGAAGAACAACCAAGAGACAAAUAAGUACGACGGCUGGCCGGAGAUGCUCCAGAUGGAUGGCUGUAUUCCUCUGUUCCAUGAAUAGAAGAACAUUUCUCAGUGAAACGAGCACAUUAUUCAAUGUGUAGUAUCUGUAAAUUAAGUCAGGGGGGAGCUAUGGUAUGGAGGAAUGUGAAUCAGUCUGCUCUUGGAUAUAGUUGAAGUCGAUGAUUAAAGGGGCAAUGUUGGCUUACUUAUGGAAAUUCCUAUUGGAUAAAAAUGUUUUGUUUAAUUCCAAGUAUUUAUUGGAUGUAAAAUGUUUUUCAUAUAUGUACUGAGCUAGGCUCAACUGAAAAUGUAUUUGUAUUGGUGCUUGAGGCUAAAGGAUUAUAUAAAUAAUUUGUUUAUAUUUG